GGGCGACAAGAUCCUUGCCUCCCUCAUGCACUUCCGCUCCCAGUACAGUCGGAUGGGAGGCGGAAAGCUUCCUCGGAGCUGGCGGGCCUUGAAAGGAUGGAAACGAUUGAGCCCAGGGCAGUCUCGCCGAGCGAUGCCGUUGGCAGUCUGGUGCCGUCUCCAUGGAGCUGGUGAGAAUGGGCCAACUCCGCAUGGCAUUAUUCCUGCUGGUGGGCUUGAGCAGCUACUCACGCCCAAGCGAGCUGAUCAGGAACGGCCAGAAAGGUCAAAGACGGGGGAGUUCGACGACAGCAUCCCCCUCGACUCCUUCUACAUGAAAUCUUGGGCCCCUCCACUGUACGAGCAGCUGAAAAAGGGGCACCCAGAAUCGCCACUGUGGGACUUCGAUUAUUCCCUCUUCUCGAGCAUGUUCUACCGCGCUUGCCGAGCCCUGGGGCUCACCAUGACACCGUACCAGCUGAGGCACUCGGGGCCGUCGAUAGACCGGGCGUUGGACAAGCGAAGCUUGCUGGAGGUUCAGAAACGAGGAAGGUGGAAAAGCUUCAAGAGUGUGAGCAGAUACGAAAAAUCGGCUCGGUUGGCAGCGAACUUCGGGAUGCUGCCACUCGUCCUGCAGCGACACUCCCUCGAGGCCGAGUCUCAGCUAGGGGACGUGAUGUUGGGGCGGCGCCGCGCCCUACCACCGCCUACCGUAGGAUACAAAUGCAAAGAGUAUGAUAUUUUGCACGGGGCGGCGUGUGAUCUUACGUCGCCCGCAGUACUUCGUCAGAUCAGGCAAGACGUCAAGGCGGCUUUGCUUGAUCACGGCAAUCAGUGCUUUAGGACUUGGAUCGCUUGGAUCGUCGAUGUGCGGGCCCCAUCUGCUGCCGUACACACAGGCCUCAUUUUCGACGCACUUCACGCGCUCUGGCAGGACACGGCGGGCCUCUCAUCGACAGGUACCCGGUCGCUCUCUGCCGACAUCUCGCUUUUGCUUUGA